GUCGUCGUUGUCGCCGCCGUCGUCGUCGCGGUUAGCGUUGAGCAUCCCUUCCUCGAAGUGCCCCUUCCUGUCGACGCGUCGGGUUGCGUCGGUGUCGGCGGGGUGGCGGCAGCCAGGCGCACGAGGAGGCUCGAAACUGCUCGCUUCCUCUAGUGGCUCUCGUGUGCUCGCGUGACACGUGCGUGAGGAAAGACGGCCGUUGCUAAAUUGUGAGAACUCGAUCCUAACCCGUACGUUUUUUUUUUCUCUCUUUUUUUCAAUCGUGUACAUUUUUUUUCGUGAGAAGAACAAGAAGAAGAAGAAAAAAAGGACAGAAAGAAAAAAUUAAGAACACGUCAAUCGAUCGAUUUGCCAUCUUCAGAAGAAAUUCGUCUCACUACGUGAACGUGUAGGAGACAUCAUAUAUAUAUAUAUAUAUAAUAAUUUAAUUAUUCGUCGAGUGGAUUGUCAUCGAAGAUACGCGGCACUAUGAACGAUCAACCUUAAGGACGAAGAUUUCGGAUUUUUCUUUUUUUUUUUUCUUUUUUCAAUCGAUCGAGAAAAAUAUCAAAAAGAAAAAGAAGAAGAAGAAGAAGAAGAAGAAGAAGAAGAGGAAGAAGAAGAGGAAGAGGAAGAAGAAGAAGAAGAGGACAAAAUUCGAGUUCAGUGGGGGAAAAAAAAAAAAAAAAGAAAACAAGAAAAAUAAAGAAAAAAAGAAAUAGAAAAAGGAAGAAGGAAAGCAAAAAAGGAGUGUUCGUACAAAAUCAAAACUUGAAUUCAACGAUAUGAGUGAAAUCAGUGAUUAUAUCGGACGUUUCUCUAAGAUAGAAUAAAAAGUAUUAUACAUUAAUAUGAGGAAUGUGUUACGUUCGUUUAUCUCUUAACUCAAUUGAAAAUUUUGGCGUAUUAUGAAAAGAGGGAUGGAAAGAAAUCGAGAGAAAAAGCGAAAGGCAUGCGAAGAGAAAGAAGAGGAACGGAAAUGUAUGAUAUCAAGAUGUCCUCCUUAAUCAUUUGAAAAAUAUCAAUGUGUUUCGAGUGAAUUUUUGGUUUUUUUUUUUUUUUUUUGGAAAGAUCACUGACCGUUCACAAUCACUUCCCCUCAACGCCACCACGAUAAUCGGCACUAUUAUCGCCGAUCAAAAAAUAAAAGAAAAAGAAAUAAAUAAAUAAAUAAAUAAAUAAAGGAAAGAAGAAAAGGCAAGAACGAAAAAUCGUUAUAAAAAAAAUUUUUUUUUUUUUUUUUUACUAAUUCUGAUCGAUAUACAUAAAUCGACAUACGUCUUAAAGGAGGUCAAUGAACGCUCAAAAAGUGUACCAUCACUUUCUUCCUUUUUUAUCAACGAAAUACUAUUAAACGAUUAAAUAUCGAAGUUUAAGUAUGCGUAUCAUUCAAGAGACAACGAUGAUAUAGAAACUUAUUUUAUCGAAGACUGCCAUGAUUUAGAAGAUAUAAUAAGAGAUAGAAUCAGGAAUAGUGCGGUGGGAUUAUGCGAGUUUUGUGUUUCGAUAAGAAGAAAAUCAUUAAAAGAUUUUACGUGGAAUCAACGAACAAGAGUGCUGUGGAUGAAAGGCUAGGAUGAAAUGAUACAAGUAGUUUGUUUGAAGAAAGAGGACCGGAGGAUACAAAAAAACAGAAUUUUCUUCUUUAGUCCUUUGACUAUAGUUUUGAAAUAAAGGAGUCGGACGAUGUGUCCUGGCUCGAGCGUCGACGUAAGGAGACUCAUUUACAGGAACAGAAAGAAAUGAAGUUAUCAGUGUCGGCUUAUAGAGCUCAGGCCAGUGCUCAUAAAAAAAUCCUUUCGAAUUAUCAACAACAACUUAGUUACGGUGCUACCAAUCAAGCAUCCUCGAGCCGGACCCCCUCGGACCCCGCUGCGGUCCUGUCUGGCCUCAAGGUGGAUCGCGCGGAGAAGAAGGAGGGCCAGGGAGUGGGAGAUCCGGCAGGAUCUUUGGCUGGUUGCAGCGGUGCUUCCGGUUCGAGGAUGGGCCCAGGGCCCGAUUCCGGUAGCAGCGCUCCUUCUUCGGUCCCCCAAUCUCUGGCUACGUCACGUGACGAAGAAGACGACGAGGAUAAGGAGAGUAGUGGUAGCCGAACAAAUAGUCACGUUGGACCUCGAUCAUUGGGCUUCUACGAGAGAGAUGCAUCAAUCAGCGAACAUGGAUCCUUCGAGAAGGAGAUAACGAGUCUUCGUGGUACCUCGACGACCUCGGAAUCUUUGGAUAGCACUGGCCUCGAUACGGAAAUACCAGCUGCUGCAAGAAGGCCUCGUAGUACGAGGGGUUCGCAAAAGUGGAGUAACGUACGCGCCGUCAUGGCGCUAUAUUCUUCCCUUCGCAAAAUAAAGAGAACGAAAAGCAAUCAACGUUGGAUGAAACUACGAACAACGGUACAGCUAUCAUCCGCGAUAUCAACGAUCCAAAAGAAACCGCCAUUAAAACGAGAAGAUUCCUUUUUGAAGAGAUUUUCAACGCGUCAAAUACCAGAGAGUCAAGAGACGGUAGAUACCGGCGAAGGUGAAGGUGACGCGACUGACGAAAAAGAUUCGAGCGGACGACGAAGAAGACGACCUAGAAGGACACAAAAAGCACCAAGAACGGUGGUCAAUCCUGACGAAAAUUUUUAUUACUAUUGGCUAAUGUUACUUUCAUCCUGUGUCCUUUAUAAUCUUUGGACACUUAUUGUCAGACAAAGUUUACCAGAAUUACAAGCAUUGGCGCCGGCUGCUUGGCUUGCCUGCGACGGCUUUACAGAUCUAGUAUUUUUCUUAGACGUUGUCGUACAAUUUCGUACAGGUUAUCUCGAGCAAGGACUUAUGGUCUACAACAACAAAAAAUUAGCUGGACAUUAUCUCAAAUCUAAAUGCUUUAUACUCGAUCUAUUAGCAUUAUUACCGCUCGAUCUAUUACAGGUCAAUCUCGGUAGCAAUCCAAUGUUAAGGUUUCCAAGGUUCCUCAAGAUCUAUCGUGUGUAUAAUUAUUAUUACAUGGUAGAGUCACGUACAGUUUAUCCAAAUUUAUGGCGUGUACUCAAUCUCAUUCAUAUAUUAUUAAUACUCGCACAUUGGUUCGGUUGUUUCUACUAUCUCCUAAGCGAAGCCGAAGGAUUCCAAGGUGAUUGGGUCUAUCCAUACAGACCGGGUGAAUAUGCGACCUUGACCAGAAAAUACCUGGGAUCUCUCUAUUGGUCUACUCUAACUCUGACAACAAUUGGCGAUCUACCCACACCGGAGACCAACGCCGAAGUCCUAGCGGGCGGCAAUCCCCGGAGCCUCGCUCGUCGCGGCCGACUGUCCCGACUUCUGCAGUUCAAGCAUAACGGAGGGUAUGUCUUCACGAUUGUCAGCUACCUGAUCGGCGUCUUCAUAUUCGCAACGAUCGUCGGACAGGUUGGAAACGUGAUCACCAACAGAAAUGCUAAUCGAUUGGAGUUCGAGAGACUGCUUGAUGGCGCGAAGACUUAUAUGAGGCAUCACAAAGUGCCUGGUGGAAUGAAAAGGAGGGUUCUCAGGUGGUACGACUACAGCUGGUCACGUGGUAGGAUACAAGGUGGUGGUGAUAUCAACACUGCUUUGGGUCUACUUCCUGAUAAACUCAAGACAGAACUCGCUUUACACGUCAAUCUUGCUGUACUCAAGAAGGUUACCAUUUUUCAGGAAUGUCAACCAGAAUUUUUGCACGACCUCGUAUUAAAAAUGAAAGCCUACAUCUUCACACCGGGUGACUCUAUAUGCCGUAAGGGUGAAGUAGCUAGAGAAAUGUUCAUAAUAGCGGACGGUAUACUCGAGGUAAUCAGCGAAACUGGAAGAGUUCUUACAACGAUGAAAGCUGGCGACUUUUUUGGUGAAAUCGGCAUACUCAAUCUCGACGGAUUAAAUAAACGAACAGCUGACGUUCGAUCGGUUGGAUAUUCCGAAUUAUUUAGUCUAUCACGCGAGGACGUUCUAGCAGCAAUGAAGGAUUAUCCAGAAGCCCAAGAAAUUUUACAAAAUCUUGGAAGAAAACGAUUGAUGGAAGCAAAGAGAGUAGCACGUGCAUCGAGACAACCAACGUCACCUGGACACGACUCGUCGGACAACAGUACCGGUAAAAGAAUCGUGGACAAGUUAAAGAGCGAUGUGAAAGGUUGGAAGAACGUUCUAAGAAAGAGUAGACGUAAUACUAGACCAGAAGAGAGUCUAGAAUUGCAACCGUUGACAUCAAAAACACCGUCCAGUUCAACGAAGAGACAACGACACAAGGUAGAAGAUAUACAAGAUACUGCAACAACAAACACAAUUCAAGAACCACCUGUGUCACCUUUGGGUGCUGGUCUACCUCUUCUCUCAAUAUUAAAAUUACUCAAGGAGAAAGAAGAACGAGAGGAGAGACGUAAUCUAAUGGAGACUCAAGUUCACGUGCCUGAACAACAGCCCCCACCGGCUGAAGCACUUGUUCCAACUAAUCCUAAUUUAUCAUUCACACAAAGAGUACUCUUGUUAAAAGCUAAAAACGAACAAGAGGCACAAGCCCAAGCGGAAAAGGAAGCCACGAUGAAGGAGCCUUUAUUGUCAAAGAAUACGACUGUAACGGAAAAUGUUCAAGAAGAUUCGAAGGAGACACAACAAAAGGUUGCCGAUAAAAUAUCGAUACCAAAAGUAUCAUCUUUGGUUGAUAAACGACAGUUUCAAUCUACGAAUAAUGUUGUGGUACCAUCGAUAAUUCCAAAGCCUUCACCAUCCGUCGCAACAAUCGAAAAUACACCAACGACUAACGACGUUGUUGUCUCAAAUGGUACUACCAAUGUUAAAAAACCUUGGGCUAUGCUCAAAGAUGCUUCCUUAACUACUACUACUACAACAACUUUCAUGAUGUCGUCUUCGACGAUAAAGAACAAUACACCUCAAAGAGGUUCACCAAUUAAAAGACCGCAAACGAAACAACAACAAAGUCUUGCUCAUCUCAGGCAACAAACCAAAAUGUAUGCUUCCGUCGACGAUCUAUCACCAGAAUAUUGCGGCCUACCGUUCGUUAAGAAGCUCAAGAUAUUGAACGAAAGGCAAAAGCUUGCUGAACUUGAGAAAGCAGUGAGAAGUUCUAGUUUAGACUGCGGUGAAAAUUCCAAUUUAACUACUUUCGAUGGGAGUCUCACUCGUAGCCAUUCUGAAGCCUGUGCUAUUGAAUAUGCAAGAAAACUUGCUAAACUCAAUCAAGUACGGGGUCUAAAAGGUCCAUCUUCACCAACGGAACCAUUAUCACCAGAAAAUGAGACACUCGAAAGGCGAGACUUAAAGAGCAUCUUGAAGAAACUCUCAGCAAGUAGUAGAACAGGUAGUUCGGAUACUUCAGCAACGAGUAUACCUGAUCGUGAAGCUGCUACUGCCGAAUUAAGACGAUUAAUGAGAGCACCAACGAUCGAAGGUUAUGCUGCCAGACAUACGAAAUUAUCGAAAAGUGUAACUUUCAAUAAAUAUACAUUACAAAGUCCACCGUCCGAGCAGAGCCCAGGAAAUUAUCCUCUCGGGGAUCAGUUGUCUGAAUCUCAGGAACAGAACUCGCUGCCACCGCCCAAUAAAAUUACUUUCCGUCCUUCGGGCAGUGAGGCUAUUCUGCAAAUGGAGACUAAACAACAAGAAGAGGGAUAUCUUAGAGAAUUCGUAUCGGGUAUUAUAGAAAUCAUACAAGCACGUUUAGAGGAGGACAUUCAAAAUAAAUUCGAACGGGAAUUCGUUUCCUUGGAAUUAGAGAUUCGUAAGCGAGACGAAAUCAUUUCACAACUUCAAGGAAGGAUACAAGAAUUGGAAGAAAAUGAAAGAAGAAAAUGUGACGAAGUAAUAGCUCUUACCGGCGAUGACAGUACAAAACACGACAUUUCCCUCGAGGAAGAUUUGGACGAUGAUAACGAGGAAGAAUAUGACGACGAUAGGGAAGAUCAUCCUUUUAUGAGAGAUGGCUCGGUGGAUACUGUUUUAACAGCUCGUUCACGUGCCUAUGGACGACCUUCGCCAACGAGCGAAUCUUCGUACAACAGAAGAUCCUGGGAAGAACAUUCCGAGGAGGAAACUUUAGAAUUACAGGAAUUACCAAGAUCAAUAGUUCCACAAAGUUUGUGGAGAGACGAAGUUGCAAUAGAUUUGGAAUCCAAUAGCGAAAGUAGUAAAUCCGAAGAUGAUGAUGGUGGUUGUCAUUCUCGAACGUUACCAUCUGGUAGCGAUAGCGACGACGAAGAUACCAAAAGUGAAUGUGCCAAGGAUUGGGAAGCUAAGAUGCUUGCUGAAGAGCUCGAGGCGAGACAGAGAAGUAGCGAAAAUGCUAGCCCAGGUUCCUAGCGUAUUAACGAGGUCCUAGAAGUAUUCUGUUAUUUAACGAAUACAAUGCGCACCGACAAUUGGAGAAGUGCAGCAGCUGGUAGUGGAGCUUUUUGUGAAAACGAUUGCCCUUACUUGCAAUUAGACUUUAAUAGUUUGACUAGUCGUAGAGAGACUAUGAUGUAGUUCUCCUUGAUCGAGUUCAAGAUUGAGAUUAAUGCGUAUAUGAAAAGAGAGAAAGAGAGAGGGGGGAGGGGGGAAUUGCAGGAUAGUCGCUCAUUUUCUACAGAAAGGAUUCUAAUUUCUAAUGUGAAUCCAAAUGUACGUACAAUUUUCGUGAACACACAAUGCCUUUUAUUUUUCUAUCUUCGAAUCCUGAAUUUAAAAGUGUUAAUUUUUAAUAUAAAUUUUUCUUUUCCUUUUCUUUUUUCUCUCUUUGUUUUGUUUUAAAUCAUCAUAAAACGUCUCUUCUUCUUUUUAUUUCGAUUAAAGACUCAUUUUGAAAUCCUUCUCUUGCAAAUUCGAAUAGUCACUUUCAAAUAUAUUACACGUAGCGAUUAUCGAAUGAUCAAACAAAAUUAUUCUGGGCUAAGGAUUACCUCAAAUCGUCGCUCGUCAUUUCGGUAAGUCUUUAAAAUACUCGUCGCGUCGAUCUCAUUGUUCUAUUAAUUCAUUAUUAUUAAUUUUAUUUAAAAAAAAAAAAAAAAGAUGUAUUAAUAUUAUUUGAAAAAAAAAAAAAAGAAAAAAAAAUACUUUCUUGCGUUUUUUACAUUUGGGAUAAUAAUCGACAAAGUUUUCCAUAUUUAUCGAAUGAAACAGAAGUUAUUGUUGAUACGAUUUAUCGAGUUACAGUAAAAUACACAAUAAAGUUGCGAUGAAUUAUCUCAUGUAAAGAUAUUAAAAAAAAAAAAAAAAAAAAAAAAAAAAAAAAAGGAAAAAAAGGGAAAAAAAAGGAAAAAAUACAAAUUACACAUAAAGUUUUUAAGAUACUUAUGUCAAUUUUUACGUUUAUAUAAUACCAAAUGAUUUAUUUAUAUCCUUUGUUCUCGUUCACGAUUAACUUUUUAAAAGCUGCACCACAAAUGAUUAGACGUGUUUGAUAAAUACGAUGCAAAGUUUCAAAUGAUUUAAAAAAAAAAAAAAAAGAAAAAAAAGUAUGCGUUUAUGUGUAUCCAUAAUAUAUACACAUUAUACGUGAUUCAAAAGCAAAAUGACAAAUAUAUUAAGUAUAUCAACCAGACCAAGCUCAAUAUUUCUAGAUUCUUUACAAAAUACAUCUCUAUUAAGUGACAAAGGACUAUUAAGUAAGAGAAAGAAACUAUUAAGAUAUUGUAAAUAUUAGCCUAUAAUUUAUUUAUCUAUGAAUGAGAGAAGAAGAGCGAAUGUACGAGUAGGAUAAUAAAAUGAAAAAAAAAAAAAAAUAAAUAACACAGAAACAAAAGAAAUACAAGGAUAUGAGCGCCUUUGUGUGAAAGUGAACGUUAAAUUCAGUGGAUUGUGAAUGAGCAUUUUAGAUGCUGUCAUGUACCUAUUACGAGGACGAAAGGAAUAUACAAUAAAGCAAACAACGUUUUCAA